ACUCCAUAAUCUCGUGCUCAAUCUCAAGCCUCUACCGCCGCAACAGCCUGCCUUUCACUCCUCUCGGAAUCACCGGAGCUCAGCCCCGUCGGAAUUUUUAGGGAGGGAUUGGAUUUUCAAGAAGAAGAAAGAGAAAGAGGAGAGGGAAAUUUUCGGUGUCGUUAGAUAUGAGUUGUGCAACUUUGAACCUGGUUGGAGUUGCUUCUCUGCCGAAACGCAACGGCAGCGCUCGCGGCAUUAGCUUCCGAAAGCCUUUCCUAUCGUUUACGCAGCCGCUGCGCCGCUAUUGCCAUCUCAAUGGCAGAGGGGUGUCUGUUUCUAUCGCCUGUCGUGCGCGGCGGCCGUGCAUUUCCUUUUGUGCCAGAACUAGUGCUGCUGUUACGGAAGAAGAAGAAGAAGAAGAGAGGGUGAUUGUUUUGGUUGUUGGUGGAGGGGGGAGGGAGCAUGCUCUUUGCUAUGCGUUGAAGCGUUCCCCUACUUGUGAUGCAGUAUUUUGUGCUCCUGGCAAUGUUGGAAUUUCCAGCUCUGGGGUCGCCACGUGUAUUUCAGACCUUGACAUCUUUGAUAGCUCGGCUGUAAUUUCCUUCUGCCGCAAAUGGGGUGUGGGACUGGUUGUUGUUGGACCUGAGGCCCCUCUGGUUGCGGGGCUUGUGAAUGAUCUGCUUAAGGCUGGGAUUCAUGCUUUUGGUCCGUCGUCGGAGGCUGCUGCUUUGGAAGGAUCCAAGAACUUUAUGAAAUCUUUGUGUGACAAAUAUGGAAUUCCUACUGCUAAGUAUCGGACAUUUACUGACCCAUCUGCCGCAAAGGAAUACAUAAAAGAGCAAGGGGUACCUAUUGUUGUUAAAGCAGAUGGAUUGGCUGCUGGAAAAGGUGUUAUUGUUGCAAUGAAUUUGGAUGAGGCUAUUGAAGCUGUGGAUUCAAUGCUUGUAAACGACGCUUUUGGUUCUGCUGGUUGUCGUGUAGUUAUUGAGGAAUAUUUGGAAGGAGAAGAAGUGUCUUUCUUUGCACUAGUCGAUGGAGAGAAUGCUAUACCUCUGGAAUCUGCUCAGGACCAUAAACGGGUUGGGGAUGGUGAUACAGGACCUAAUACUGGUGGAAUGGGUGCAUACUCACCUGCUCCCAUCCUAACAAAAGAACUUCAAGAUGUAGUCAUGAAAUCUAUCAUUCUCCCCACAGUGAAAGGAAUGUUGGCAGAGGGCUGCAAGUUUGUUGGGGUUUUAUAUGCUGGGCUCAUGAUUGAGAAGAAGUCUGGAUCACCUAAGCUAAUUGAGUACAACGUCCGCUUUGGUGAUCCAGAAUGUCAGGUUUUGAUGGUUAGGCUGGAGUCUGAUUUGGCACGAGUUCUACUUGCUGCUUGUAAAGGACAGUUGAGUGGAGUGUCUUUGGAGUGGUCGGCUGGGUCAGCCAUGGUGGUUGUAAUGGCGAGUAAAGGAUAUCCAGGGCCAUACGAGAAGGGAAGUGUGAUUGUAAACCUUGAUGAAGCAGAGAAUGUUGCUCCAUCAGUUGUUGUAUUUCAUGCUGGAACUGCAUUAGAUUCAGAUGGAAACUUGAUUGCUGCUGGGGGGCGUGUUCUUGGGGUGACUGCCAAGGGAAGAGAUCUUAAAGAGGCACGGGAAAGGGCCUAUCAAGGUGUUGAACAGAUUAAUUGGCCAGGAGGGUUUUACCGCCGUGAUAUAGGAUGGAGAGCCCUUGCUCCUCUAAAAGACAAUUUUGUAACUGGUGGCUAGACUAAGUGAAAGUAUGUACUAGUGGUCAUUAGAAGAGAAUGAGAAUUUUCAUGUUGCUUAACAAAUUAUGAUGUCUGAUAUUUGAGAUUUUCUUCAGAAGUAGAAA